CCCCCGCCCGCCCUGCGCCCCUCCCCUCCUGCCUUCCUAGAGGUCCGCAGCUUCCAUAAGGGCUUGUCUCGGAUCUUCCUCCGCGCUCCGCCGCCAGCCGGACGACCUGCGUGGGCCAGAGCAGGUUCCACAUCCUGAGAACUGGGAUCCCCCAGGACUCUGUGACUCCCACACCCACACUGGGGCCCUGGCCCACCUGAAUUCUUCAGACCUCACCUGGUUCUGGCAAUGUUGCCACCUCUGCGUUUCCUCCUUCUCCUGGCCCUAGACUUGGGGCUGAGCAGAACUCUCAACUCCAAUGACCCCAACACUUGCAGCUUCUGGGAAAGCUUUACCACGACCACCAAAGAGUCGCACUCUCGGCCCUUCAGUCUGUUCCCUUUGGAGCCUUGCAACAAGCCCUGGGAAGACCUCCAUACCUGCCCCCAGCCCACGUGAGUGCCCAGUCCCCUCCACAGGGCUCCUGAAGUGUUGCCAUCUCUGUCACAGCCUCAGCCUGGCACUGGCCUCUGGCCCUACCCCUUUCUCAGAACCUGUGGCACUCAGAGGAAAUCUCUGGCAUCAGGACACUCUCAUCUCUUCACUCAAGGGCACAUGGGUCGUCUACCGGACUGUGUACCGCCAAGUGGUGAAGACAGACUACCGCUUGCGCCUGCGCUGCUGCCAGGGCUUCUACGAGAGUAGUGGGAUAUGCAUCCCGGUUUGUGCCCAGGAGUGUGUCCAUGGCCGCUGUGUGGCGCCCAAUCAGUGCCAGUGUGUGCCAGGUUGGCGGGGCAAUGACUGCUCCAGUGCAUGUGGCCCCGAAAUGUGGGGGCUGCAGUGUGACCAGUUCUGCCACUGUGGCAACAACAGCUCCUGCGAUCCUACAAGUGGGGUGUGUUCCUGCCCCUCUGGCCUGCAGCCUCCCAACUGCCUUCAGCCCUGCACCCCUGGCCACUAUGGGCCUGCCUGCCGGCUCCAGUGCCAGUGCCAUGGGGCAUCCUGUGAUCCCCAGACUGGAGCUUGCUUCUGUCCUCCAGGGAAAACGGGGCCCAGCUGUGGUGUGUCCUGUCUCCAGGGCACUGCUGGCUUCUUGUGCCCUAUCACCUCUCCUUGCCAAAACGGGGGCAUCUUCCAAGUUCAUCAGGGCUCCUGCAGCUGUCCACCUGGCUGGAUGGGCACUAUUUGCUCCUUGCCCUGCCCAGAGGGCUUCCAUGGACCCAACUGUUCCCAGGAAUGUCGCUGCCACAACGGUGGCCUCUGUGACCGAUUCACUGGGCAGUGCCACUGUGCCCCGGGCUACACAGGUGAUCGGUGUCGAGAGGAAUGUCCGGUGGGCAGCUUCGGGCAGGACUGUAACGGCACAUGCGACUGCGCCCCAGGUGCGCACUGCUUCCCUGCCAACGGUGCAUGUCUGUGCGAACACGGCUUCACCGGGCACCGCUGCGCCGAGCGCCUCUGCCCCGAUGGCCUAUAUGGCCUCAGCUGCCAGACAGCCUGCACCUGCGACCCGGAGCACAGCCUCAGCUGUCACCCAAUGCACGGAGAGUGCGCCUGCCGGCCAGGCUGGGCGGGCCUACAUUGCAACGAGAGCUGCCCGCGGGACACACAUGGGCCUGGCUGUCAGGAGCACUGCCUGUGCCUGAACGGUGGCGUCUGCCUGGCCGACAGCGGCCUCUGCCGGUGCGAGCCCGGCUACACGGGGCCCCACUGCGCCAGCCUCUGUCCCCCCAACACCUAUGGGGUCAACUGCUCCUCACGCUGCUCAUGCGAAAACGCCGUCACCUGCUCGCCUGUCGAUGGCACGUGCGUCUGCAAGGAAGGUUGGCAGCGUGGUAAUUGCUCUGUGCCCUGCCCACCUGGAACCUGGGGCUUCAGUUGCAAUGCCAGUUGCCAGUGUGCCAAUGAAGGAGUCUGCAGCCCCCAAACUGGAGCCUGUACCUGCACCCCUGGGUGGCAUGGGGCCCAUUGCCAGCUACCUUGCCCGAAGGGGCAGUUUGGCAAAGAUUGUGCUGACCGCUGUGAUUGUGACCACUCUGAUGGCUGUGACCCUGUUAAUGGACAUUGCCAGUGCCAGGCUGGCUGGACAGGCACACAUUGUCACCUGCCCUGCCCUGAGGGUUUCUGGGGAGCCAACUGUAGUAAUGCAUGCACCUGCAAGAACGGGGGCACCUGCCUGCCUGAGAAUGGCAACUGUGUGUGUGCACCUGGCUUCCGAGGCCCCUCCUGCCAGAGAUCUUGCCAGCCCGGCCGCUAUGGCAAACGCUGUGUACCCUGCAAGUGCAAUAACCAUUCGUCCUGCCACCCUGUGAAUGGGACCUGCUAUUGCCUGGCUGGUUGGACAGGCCCUGACUGCUCGCAGCCAUGCCCCACAGGCCACUGGGGGAUUAACUGCGCCCAGUCCUGCCAGUGUCAACAUGGUGGGACCUGCUACCCCCAGGAUGGGAGCUGCAUCUGUACCUCUGGUUGGACUGGACAGUAUUGCUCAGAAGUCUGUCCUCCAGGGAUGUUUGGUGCUAACUGCUCCCAACCAUGUGAGUGUGGUCCUGGAGAGAAGUGCCACCCAGAGACAGGGGCCUGUGUGUGUCCCCCAGGGUAUAGUGGUGCACCCUGCAGGAUUGGAAGCCAGGAGCCCUUCACCAUGAUGCCUACCUCUCCAGUGGCCUAUAACUCACUGGGUGCAGUGAUUGGCAUUGCAGUGCUGGGAUCCCUUGUUGUGGCCCUGAUAGCACUCUUCAUUGGCUACCGUCAUUGGCAAAAGGGCAAGGAGCAUCAGCACUUGGCAGUGGCGUACAGCAGUGGGCGGCUGGAUGGCUCUGAGUAUGUCAUGCCAGAUGUUCCUCCAAGUUACAGCCACUACUAUUCCAACCCCAGCUACCACACCUUGUCACAGUGCUCCCCAAGCCCCUUACCCCCUAACAAGGUUCCCGGCAGCCAGCUCUUUGCUAGCCUCCAGGUGCCUGAGAGGUCAAGUGGAGCCCACAGACAUGACAACCACACCACCCUGCCUGCUGACUGGAAGCACCGCGUGGAGAGCCCUCUAGCAUCUCUGGACAGAGGUAGCAGCCGCCUGGACCGAAGCUACAGCUAUAGUUACAGGCACGGUAAUGGCCCAGGCCUGAUCUCUAAUAAAGGGAGCAUCUCUGAAGAGGGGCUGGGGACCAGCUUGGCUUCCCUGAGCAGUGAGAACCCAUAUGCCACCAUCCGAGACUUACCCAGCCUGCCGGGGGGGCCCCGGGAGAGCAGCUAUGUGGAGAUGAAAGGCCCUCCCUCAGCUUCUCCUCCCAGGCAGUCUGUUCAGCGCCAGAACAGCCAAUGUUGUUGGCAGCCCCAACCACAGAGAGACAGUGGCACCUAUGAGCAGCCCAACCCACUGACCCUGGAUCGAGACUCCAUGGCCUCCCAGCCCCCUCUUCCUCCAGGUCUGCCCCCUGGCCACUAUGACUCACCCAAGAAUAGCCACAUCCCUGGACACUAUGACUUACCUCCAGUACGGCAUCCCCCAUCACCCCCACUCCGGCGCCAGGACCGCUGAGGAGCCAAGAUGAUAUGGCUUUACCUGGCCCUUGCCACCCAAGGCUGGGGACAGAGCUUUGUGUAUACUGCCAGGAGCAGGGAGAGGGCUGGGAGGCCGUGAUGUGCACAUAUUUAAUGAAGGAGGUGAAUGGAGAGCUGGGAGCCUCACUGUAGUUCCCAUCAGAGGAGACAGUGGUGGGCAGGAUGACUGGUUCCCUGUCACAGACCUGCUGCUCCCCAGCCCCUCAGGGUCUUGUGUACAUAAACUGGUGGUUGAAUGUUGCUGGAUGACUCUGAUUUCAGAUUGAUUUUUUUUUUUGGUACCGGGGAUCAAACUUACAACCUUACGCUUGGCAGGCGAGUACUUAUGCCGCUGAGCUAAAACCUCAGAUUGAUUUUUUUUUUCACAUAAAGGUGUGGUUUAACAGAUUGAUUUUUAAAAUGUGUAAUGGGCACCUUUUCUGUGCACACCUGUAGGGCACUGUGUGUGUGGUCCUGUUCUUGGGCAUUUACCACUUAGCCCAGCAACAAGCCAAGGAGCCCAAUUAGCUCUAGCAGUAACUCUGCUCUGGCCUUCUGCCUUCACUCACCACUCCUCCAUCCACUACUCAGACACACCUGGGUUAGCUUGCCAAAAGGCUUCCUGUCUUCUUACGUGGCCCUUUGCUCCUGGGCCAGGGUCAAAGCUUUCAAAGGUUUUAGAGGCCUUGCUGCUGGGCUAGUUUGUCUCUCCCACUCCAUCUUGAACUGUGUUCCCUAAUUCUAAUCACACUGGCCCCAGGUUCUGCUGGUUCUGCUGGUUGUCACACUUCUUCCUACCCAAGGGGCUUGCAUGCCAUGGUGCUCUUCUUCUUGUCACAUGUGGGCCCAGUGUGUUCCUCUGAGGACCAGCAAGGGGCAAGCAUCACUCUGAUUUCGUAUUGCUUGUGUGAUUAUUGCAUUGUUUUCUGCCUACUAGACUGUACAUUUCCUGAAGGCAGGACUCUUGUGUUUAUGCUCAGUAUUGUUUACCUUUGGCACUCAAUAAACGUUUCCUAAAACA